UGGGUGGUGAGUAAGUAAAGUAGUACUAAAUAGAAAAAGCAAAUUGGAAAGAAUGCUGCAGUCCAACUCGUGUUCUUCGUGGCACGUCGCCUGCUAUCAUUGUCCCAUCUCUGCACAAAUUCAAGUUCACUACCCCCACAAAUUCAAUAAUCUUCUUCUUCCCCACAAGAGGACAAUCAAUGCCUCUUCUUCGCCUUCCAAGAGAAUUCAUACCCACUUCACCAGAAACAACAACUGUUUCCUAACCCUCACAGCAACAAACAGUUGCAGUAAAGACCAGAAGAAGAAGAAAGAUUCACACCCACAUCAAAAUCAUGCAUUUUUAGAGCAUUUGUACUCUUCCACUGAUACCAACAAGCAAACCCAAUUCAUACGAAACCAAGAAGCUAAAGAAGAAACGUCCCAAGAGUUCCACAACAGGGAGGCCAUUUCAACAAACAUGUGGUGGGCAGACUUGAAAGCAGCCUUAGGCCAGAGAAUUAACUUGGAGGGCAUUGUCUCUUCGGUCGCUGUGGUGGCCAGGGACCGCCAUUUGGCGCUUCCCCACAUCUCUGUGCCCGAUAUUAGCUACAUUGAUUGGCCUGAAUUGAAGGCAAAGGGUUUUCAAGGUGUCGUCUUUGACAAGGACAACACCAUUACUGUUCCUUACUCCUUAACUUUGUGGCCUCCUCUUCGCUCUUCUCUCGAACGGUGUAAAUCCGUGUUUGGUAAUGAAAUUGCCGUGUUUAGCAACUCUGCAGGGCUUAAUGAAUAUGAUCCUGAUGGUUGGAAAGCGAGAGCUCUCGAGGGUGCAAUUGGAAUUCAAGUAAUAAGGCAUGGGGUGAAGAAGCCAGCUGGAACAGCUGAAGAAAUUGAGAAGCACUUUGGUUUUGAAUCCUCAAGACUUAUCAUGGUGGGUGAUCGGCCCUUCACAGACAUUGUUUAUGGUAACCGAAAUGGUUUUCUAACUGUUUUAACUGAGCCACUGAGUCUUGCUGAGGAGCCUUUCAUCGUUAAGCAGGUGAGGAAACUGGAAGUUGCCCUUGUGAAAAGAUGGUCUAGGAGAGGGUUGAAGCGAACCAGUCACAGGCUGCUGCCAAAUGUCACGCAGUGUGUGAAAGAUCCACCACAUCUGUAAGAAAUUAGUAUCUUUGUAGCCCAUCAACAGUCCUUUUUGUUAUAUCAUAAACGUAUUCAUGAGCACUGCAUGAAAAUAAAUUUGUUUGUUGAUAGUGAAUUUUGUUGACUUGAUCAAAGCAUAGUUGAAUACUCAGAUUGGUAAGAAACAGAAUACAGAAGCAAAGAAAUUUGUAUGUAAA